CCAAUAUGUUGGGAUAUAUGACAAAUGAAGUUUCCUAAAGUGAGAAAAUGUUCAUAGAGUGACGUUAUUCCUCUUGAAAGCAUACCGAUAAAAUACUUAAAUUUUGAAUCCGUAUCACAAUAUUAUUACUAACAUCGUUAAUUGAUUAGUGAUUCGUAUAUUUUUAUCGAUUUUUUCUGUAAUUAAUAUUAUGGAUGUUUUCUGUGGAAAACCUUUUAAUUGCUAUCCAUGUAAUAAAUGAAAAGAAUUAACUUUUUUACCAUUACAAUUUACAAUGUUACAAAAACUUAGGAGGUACAACUUGCAAACCCCGCUGAAACUUCCAUUUCAUUCGACUUCCAAUUUUGCAAUCAAUGUCCUCUCAGGAUAGUCUCCUCCUCCUCUCUCAAUCUUUACGUGAAUGUACUUUCUCUCAUGAUCUUCCAUCCUACGUCCCUUCGUUGAAGAUUCGGCGCAACCGUUUCCUCACUCUGUAACCCCAACAUCGACGGUGGGGUGCACAAUUCAAAUUCAAUUAUGAUCCACAAUCGACCGCCACCGUCGACGAAGCACAACAAACAAGACUACAAGUCGUUCCAAUUAAUCCCCAUCGUCGUCGGGAAAACCCUCAUCCUCCUCUUCAUCCUCUCAUUCAUCUCCAUCGGCCUCUACACCUCCUUCUACGACCCCAACAGCAGCGGAAUCACCCCCACCACCGCCAGCCGCCGGAACCCUAACAAUAAUUCCCCGACCGACCUCUCCCACAUCCUCUUCGCCCUCAGCGGCUCCAACGACACGUGGGACGACCGCAGCAGGUCCAAUUCCGUCUGGUGGUCCCCCAACCGCACACGUGGUUUCGUCUGGCUGGAGGACGCCCAACGACCCGACUCCUCCCCCGCCCCGAACUCCGCCCCGACCCGGGUCUCCUCCCCCGAAUGGACCCAGUUCGGGUUCUCUAGCUCCCGACCCGCAGUCCGGAUCGCACGGACGAUCACCGACAGCUUCGGAUUGAAGCUGCCGGGGGUCAGGUGGUUCGUGAUGGGCGACGACGACACUGUUUUCUUCCCGGAGAAUCUGGCCUCCCUGCUGGCGGAGUACGAUCACGGCGAGAUGUGGUACAUAGGCGGGAACUCCGAGAGCGUGGAGCAGGUCGUGAUGCACUCGUACGAGAUGGCGUUCGGCGGUGGCGGGUUCGCCGUCAGCUACCCGCUGGCGGAGCUCCUGGUGGAGAAUCUGGACCGUUGCCUUGAACGGUUCCACUAUUUCUACGGCUCCGAUCAGAGGAUCUGGGCUUGUAUCGCCGAGUUGGGCGUGGGCCUCACCCCUCAUCGUGGGUUUCACCAGAUGGAUAUCAGGGAAAGCGCGUACGGGCUACUGGCAGCGCACCCAAUGGCGCCAUUGAUCUCCCUGCACCACCUCGGCGCCAUGAACCCACUAUUCCCCGGUCAAGACCACCUUACCUCACUUAGAACCCUCUAUGGCGCUUAUAGGGCCGACCCGCCCAGGAUCCUGCAAGCGUCCUACGCUUACGAUCACACCCUCAACUGGUCCGUCUCCAUCUCGUGGGGCUAUACCGUGCAGCUCUACCCGACCCUGGUCGCGGUCCAUGACCUGCAGGUCCCGCUGCAGACGUUCAGGACGUGGAGGACGUUCAGCGAGGGCCCGUUCACGUUCAACACGAGGCCCCUCAAGGGUUCCGACCCUUGCUCCAUCCCAAUCGUGUUUAUGUUCGUCAAGGUGCAGAACAUUGGGACAUGGGGUACAUUGACGAUUUACAAGAGGUUGGAUCCGGCUGUGACGUGUAGGAGGCACGACUAUGUUCGUGCCAUGUCUGUGCGUUGGGUCGUCGUCUCGUCUGUCAGAAUGGAGCCUGAUCAUUGGUCCAAGGCUCCACGGAGGCAAUGUAGUGAGUUUGUGAAUGGCGGUGGGAGAAUGAGGGUCGGGACUCUGCAGAUAAGGAUUAGAAAGUGUGGGGAUAGGGAAAUUGUUAGUACUAUAGAGUAGAUUAGAGGGGGAAUUUUAAGUUAUUCCAGGUGAAUAUAUAUAGAUGAAUGUUAAUAAAAAGUACAAAUUUGGCGUAGAACUAUAGCAACCCGAUUGUUUGCCAGAAUCUGGGGAUGUUGCAACAGUAGUUAUUCUCACCCAGUUUCUUCCCCUGAAUCAUUAGGCAUCCCCAUAUGGUCACAAUCUGUAUAUAUGUGCACAUGUUACAAGAUGGAACGGCAGAGUUGUAGGUGGUGAUCUGGAUUGAGCUGGAAGGGAUGAAGAUUGAGAGAGAAUAGUGGGUUGUAAUGUUGAACAAGGUAUUUUGUUUGUGAAGUUAUGAACUGUUGGAAAUGAAAAACUACCACAUUGGUAUUUUUACUUUGGUGAAAUGUGUAUAAACAUAGGAGUCUCUCUUCUAAAGGCAUGCCACUUGGGAUGACCUAUUUUUGUGUGAGAGGGAGGACCUAGCGGAUCACCACACACGCGUGCAGCGUUCGUUCGGCCGGCCGGUCAGUCGAUUCACUUGAGACUAUAUAUUUUUUUGGAGAAAUUCCGAACAAAAUUAAUUAUUAAUCGGUUGUUCUUUAUUCUUGAUAAAUAAGAGUUGGAAGAGGAUAAUCCAUUAAAAGAAAUAUUCGAAAGAUAAUCCCGCAGGAAUGAUCUUACAGACGGGUUUUAAUUAAGAAAGUCAUUAUCUUCCUAAUUAAAUCUGACUUAUUUCCCAAGUAAGAGGGUAUAUUCUUAGUGGUUCGGCUACUAUAAAUAGCCGCCUCCCCAGACCCUCUAAACACACCACAAUACGAGCAUAAACACAAAUAGAGAGAGUGUUCAUAGAGCUCCGAUUUUUUCAUUUGUGCCGCCGAGUAUACGAGAUGAGCUGUUUUAUCCUAGAGACGACUGGUUGAUAGUCUGUCGUGCGCAUCAAGGGAAGUGCCGCGAACGUCUUAAAGGAAGUGACCUAGUCUGCGACUCAACUCCAGAUUCAGUAACCCCGUUCCUUGUUGUUGUUCCGUUCCUAACAUGAACUAGCUAGUAUCUGCACCAAAGUUGAUGGCCAAACCUCAGCUUAUUAAGGGGGUAAAUUUUCAGAUGUUUUUAUGGUGGCGACUGGCGAUGGAUGGCUGAUGCCUCCUUUUCGAUGAGCUUCAACACUAGUUGCAAUUUGCAAAGCAAUCAACUUAGUUCUAGACCGGAUAAUGCUAUAGAAAAAAUUUUGGGCCCGUUGAAAAAAUUAAGACAGAUCGGCCUAUGAUAAAAAGAAUUAUGAGUAGGCCAAAGUCCGCCCAACGGUUUGUUUAGUGACACUUGUUUGGGUUUCCAUUGUUAACACGGUCCAGUUAAUUGUUGCUCGCUAUUUCUAAAUAUACAGUGAAGCCUAAAACUGAACCCCAUUUUGAAUUUGCUGUCUCCGGAGCGUUUCUCGGAGGGGUAUUUUCGGACACGGAAAAAAUACCCCGGUUCAUAUUGCGUUGAACGGGCCUGGUGGUUUUUUUGUUCCGUCGGUACGAUCAGCGCUCGCUCCCUUCAUUGAUUUCACCGUCGAAUACAAUCAGCGCGCUGUCUCUGGCCAGUGUCUUCAGCUCCCCGUUAUGUGUCUUCACCGGCGAUUUCAGUAAGCGCGCUCUCUCCGUCCAGCUUCUUCGUCGUCGAUAUCAGACACCAUCCGAGCGCGAGCUGUCACCCCAUGGUGUCGAUUCAUUGAACUGUAGUUAUGAAGGUAACCAGACUCUCCGUAAUUUGUCUUCACCCCGAAAUCAGGUAGAAUUAAAGUUUCGGUUCCAUGUAGGGUUGAGCUUAGUUAGGUAAUCGAAUUCUACGUUGUCCGUCUUCACCGCCGAGAUUAGUAAGAAAUCUAUUUUCGAAUU